GGUGGCGGUGACUGGCGGCGACCGAGGUGGCGGCGGCGAGCGAUUUAACCCAGAGACUGACUCCACUAUAGAAACACCCACAGUUCUAUCAAUGACUGGAUAAAGAUAGUGGCAACAGGCAAAGGAAAAACAGCUCUGAUAUACUAAGGACAAUGAGUAUGCUAAAACCAAGCGGGCUUAAGGCCCCUACGAAGAUCCUUAAGCCUGGAAGCACAGCCUUGAAGACACCUGCUUCUGUUGCAGCUCCAAUAGAAAAAACAAUAACCAGUGAAAAAGCAUCAAGCACUCCGUCUGCUGAGACACAAGAGGAGUUUGUGGAUGAUUUUCGAGUUGGAGAGCGAGUCUGGGUGAAUGGGAACAAGUGUGGAUUUAUCCAGUUCCUGGGAGAAACCCAGUCUGCACCAGGCCAACGGGCCAGGAUCGUUUUAGAUGAACCCAUAGGCAAGAAUGAUGGUUCAGUGGCAGGAAUUCGGUAUUUCCAGUGUGAGCCUUUAAAGGGCAUAUUCACCCGACCUUCAAAGUUGACGAGGAAGGUGCAGGCAGAAGAUGAAGCCGACGGCCUGCAGACAACUCAUGCUUCCAGAGCGACUUCGCCUCUGUCCACUUCGACAGCCAGCAUGGUGUCCUCUUCCCCAGCCACCCCCUCAAAUAUUCCCCAUAAAUCGCCCCAGCCAACCGCAAAGGAACCUUCAGCUAUGUCUCAGAUCAGCAACCUUACAAAAACCACCAGUGAAUCUAUUUCCAACCUUUCAGAGGCCGGCUCAAUCAAGAAAGGAGAAAGAGAGCUCAAAAUUGGAGACCAAGUAUUGGAGACGCGGAUUUGA